GUAGUCGACUGCCUCCACGGUCGCUCCUUUAUGCACCCACCCAUAGCACGCAUUCACAUCUUAACAAUGCGAGUCCAAUCCCGUACCUUUGUUCUUUGUUUCUGUUAGUCUGUUUCCAGCAUAGCCAUGGUGUUGUCCAAGUUUGAUUCCCUUUUUGUUCGCCCACCGACUCCCCCCAAAGAUCUCGAAGAUCACGCCCACGACCAAGACGAAGACGAAGACGAGACACUACAGUUCCUCAACGAUCACUUUGGCCAGAAGCCUGUUCUACCCAGGAUCAUUGCAACCAAGUCACUGCUCAAUACGCCCGAGCAGUCGCCAUCCUCCGACAUUAGCAUACCCUCGAGCUCAGCGUGUAGAAGGAAGAGAGUCAACUUCGAGUUGCAGACAUGCGCAAUACCGAGCAAGAAGGCUAUUGUACAGUCCUGGACCCCCACACGGAGUUCACCGCUGCGACCUCUCCCUCAGACGCGCGUCUCGUUGCCCUUGAAGUCGAUCCUGAAGCCCUCCGACGGCACACCUACACCUCCGCCAGCCGACGACGGCGCCACAGCACACAAGUUCAAAACUUUUGCUGACAUGUUGGAGUCGAUCGUCAAACUGCUCGCCUCGGCGGACCGCUCAUCGCGGUUAGAUGCAUACCAUUCGCUACAACGAACUAUGCAAGCCUACGACAAGAUACCAGACGAGCAGGCUCUCAAGCACAAAAUGUCUCUGCUAACUCAAUUCAUACGGCGGGAUGUCCAGUCUCCUAGCCCAACUGGAACUGGACUGGAUUCGCAGCUCGUGGCCCAAGCCCUGAAGCUACUCAUGGCUCUCUUUCGAAUCACGGACUUGACCUCCGCUAUGGAUGACGACUUUUGCUCCUUCAUCAUGGAACGCGUUAUUCACGUCGCCAGCGAUGUUUCCAUGCCCAAAGCUAUAGUGAACACCCACCUCGCGGUGCUCAUGCAGCAGAACUUUAGGCUAAGGACUAUGACCACAAAUCGCAUCGAGAAGAUCCUGGAUGCGCUAGACACCAUUCACGAGCGAAUCAGCGGUUUCUCUGUUCAAGCAUACCGCAUUCGCAUCUACAGGAAGCUGAUCCAGCAACGACCGGAUCUUAUGAUCAAGCACACGGAAAGAUGGUUUAAGCAUACGGUCAAGGCAUUGGUAUCACCUCAAAAAGAUAUCAAUCAAAGUGCGCUAGACACCGCCUUGUCAGCUGCGAAAACAAUCGGCCAUGACCGUCACGUCGCAAAGUCUGUUCUCUCCGUUCUUAACCGUGUUAGGAACGAUGGCGAGACUUUUGCAAGAGUCUUGACCUGGGAACUAGAAAGGAUGCUGGGGGGCGACAACGCCACGAUGGUACCCCAAAUCUGGUCCGCUGUGACGGGCUUGCUACGAGACUCCCUAAACGGUCAGAUGUUCUCUGCCAUGAAGGACUGGCUCGAAGUAUUCGAAAAAUGCCUGAAAUCCGACAAGGAUCAAGUCAAGAUGCAUGCCAAUGUCGCUUUCUGCUUCCUCCUUUAUGUCGUCAACUUGGCUGCAAACACCUCCGAGGGCUGGACAAAAAUGUUCCUUAAUAUUCCAUUGCAUCAGCUCAAACAGCGCAUUCCAGCGAAGAAGGCCGACCGUGACGCUAUUACAUCUGGCUACGUUACAUUGCUGUACUACGCACUUCGGCCGACAGCUUCCUUUGAACAGCUUGAUCGGUAUUGGACCGAAUUUGUGGCGGGUUUCUGGAACCCAUUGAUACAUUCGUCUUCAACUCAGCAAGCAAUUGCCGCAUGCCGAGUUGUCUCUGCUCUUCUGAAUGGCUCCAGGAAACCAUGGAACGAACACCGAGCCUUGGACCUUCGCCCACAAUACAUGACACAGCGUGGUGAACUUCCUUUAGUAGAUCCGAAAUGGGUCCGGAAAUCGCUUUGCAAGGUGCUCCAGUUUGUGGAAACCCUCCUGGAUGCAACACCAUGGACUGAGAGCGAGCAACAGGAAGAUGAGCCGGUAAAGACAAUGUGGCUCGCUGUCAUGGAUGCCUUGGUCGAAGCAAGCAGCAAGGAAGUCAUGGCUUCUAGUGAGACCAAGGAUGCGAUGGCGCACAUAAUCAAUCUCCUCCGUCGAAUAUGGGAUAGGCACACCACCAAGCUAGCGCUCCCACAGCAAAAGGAGGACCUUUGGGCCGACAAGUUCUGCUUUCUGAUCGAGACUGUAGUGCAAAAGCUAGGCGCAUUUCAGUUUGCGGACAAGUGCCUCAUGCGGAAUGGCAACAAUGAAUUCGAGGUUGCCUCAACGCCAUCACAUCGGGCACGACAGCAGGGUGCACGGACAUCGCCUCUCCUCUACCUUGUUGAUCUCUUAAUCAAUCAGUCUGAGGGCAAGCUUGCAGAUUCUGUUCGACUUCGUGCCAUCAAGUUGAUUAUCGAGCCUUGCUUCAAUGUUCAGAACACCCGCUUCAGUAAACUAGAACUCCUUCGCGAUUGUGGUGCUGCUGUCGAUGGCUCAUUGAGGGCAGCUGUUGCAUUGAACUUUUGGGCGCAAACUGCUGCUCUUCUCCAAUCCUCUAUCCAAGAGCAACUCUCUGACUCGAAUGAGCGCGUCUCACGUCCAUUUGGCAAAGAGUAUGAGCUUGUCGUUGAUCUUCUAGGGCUGGGUUCUGCUUAUAUGCUGAACAUGCCGCGAGGUCAGGAGGUCUUGUCCGCUUUCGUUGAAACGGUUCGAUGCGAGGCUGGAGAGGGUGCAGUCAUCCUUGCCGUGAUCGAGAAGGUUUCGGAGCGCGUUCUGAAGCGUACCGCGGAUGAAGACAAGGCUUCAUGCUUGCCCUACACCAGCAUACUACUGCGAAACCUUCCUAAACAAAUGAGCCGACGGGUGUUGGAUCAAGGUAGGCAGAACAUAUGGCCGUCUUCUCCAGCAACAGGCCGCCACCCAGACUUCGAUCCGUACAGUCACCUCUAUGGCGCGGUAAUUUCUACCGGCUCAGCUGCAUACCAAAAUCUCAACAGCGAGGAUGUUGAGCCGACGAAGCGCUUUCUCGCUGCUUUUGCCAGCUCUAUCCACCACUGCUCAACCUCGCACCUCGCAGUUUAUCUACGGAAGACUCAAGAUAUGAUUCGUCUUUGGGUUGAGGAUUCAGAGAAGAAACUGCAGAGCAAAGAACAGCCACUGAAGAGCCUGCAUCGUGAGGUCGUGAAUUUAUGGAAACACGUCAGCGAAGCUAUUGAAAGACUUCCACGAAAAGACAGCCAGAUUCUUCUUCAUCUGGAACCAUUGAUCACUGCAGGGUUUCUAAGCAUGCGCCGUGGCAUCGUCAAUAUCUCCAUUGUAACCUGGAAUUCUACCUUCGGCAAAGAAGAGAGCUUGCGAUAUCCAUCUCAUCUCGAGCAAGCGUUGCGGCGCUUACGCAACACCGUCGAAAUUGCGUUACCCUCGUUGGAAGUUCACAGCAAAGAUGCUGUCAACGAGCUUUCGUUCUACGACUCCGAUACCAGCACAGAACAUGCAAAGCAUGCUUUCAAGAGUCCCCGAGUUAAGGAGUCACCCUUCAAAGUGUCCAAAUCUAGGCGGAAAUCUGUAACUCGGUCUCCGGCGGCGUCGACUCCAGGUAGCAGAAGAGCGUCUGCGCGGCAGACAUCCAAAGCUCGCCUGCGACACGAUAACUCACAAAUUCAGUUCGAGCCAAUUGUUUCUUCACCAUCAAAUCCGUUCAGCCAUGAAUCUCAAGUUUUGACUGAUCGUCAGAAAGAGAUAGUCGAGCGACAGAGGCACUCCACUGGUUUAUUUGCCAACAUGGGCGCCGUCUCACCUCUCCGAGAGACGGUACCGUCCCCUAUGGAAAUCCACUCUGAUGCUCUAGAUCGAAAUGAUCUGCCGAAUGGCGCGUCCCGAACUACACCGUUAAAGGCUCUAGCAGCCAUGGGCCCAAUGGACGUUUUUCUUGGGUCGUCGCCUACUCCGUAUGCACGAAGGAGUACGCAGCAUAUAGUCAGCGACGACACCAGUGUUGCAACCCCGACCGCUGUACGAACCAUUCAGCUGACUACUAAUGAUGACUUGGGGUCUUCACCACCACGCUUCGAGAAGGAUGCCGUUUCAAAUACAGCACAGUACAAUCACCACAGUCAGGUAGGGUCCAGCUUUGAGUACCAACGGCCAGAAAAUUCGUACUCGGUGUCCUUCGAUGAAGGAACUACUAUAGACGAAGAAUCGCUGCUCGAUACUGUUCUUAAGGGGCCUGAACAUGGUGAGCGCUCGGAAAGUGACUUUCCCUCGGACACGGUCAUGUCCGAGCUACCUAGCUCAACCAUCGACCUCCAGCUCACUGCCCAAAUCGAUGCAGACAUGCAAACCCAUGCAGAUACAGCCUCUCAGCCAAUUAGCGAAGCAGGACCGAAAUCAAUCACUGAAUUCGUCGACGCUGCUUCGCACCAACAGCCUUCAUUUAGCAAUGUCGAGCAAGCUGGCAGUGAUGCAGAAGUGGAAGACUCACAGCUUGCUUCUCACCCCGCGGCAAUUGCCAUUUCACAUAAAGAGCCAGAAUUCGAAUCAAGCAGCACAAGCCGUGUUGGUGACUCUUUUUCUAGGCCAGCAUCGGGCAAAGGAACACCAACGACAAGGAACCUUCGACGGUCUUCCCGUCAUUCUACUAGUUUUAGUCCUGCUCAGCAAUCAAGCGGGAAGAAACGCAAGCAAACACAUGUAAAGCACGAUACUAUGGUACAAAAGGAGAAGGAGGCCCAAGAGGAGCAGUCACCGGCACAGUCUUCUUUCCAGUCCGACGAAGGCAGCAUACACGAUAACAUCGUCGUAGUGUCUCCGCAGAUACAAAAUAACCCCAAGAAGAGGAAGCCCAUGAGUAAUUCUGACUCUUCGGCAAACGGCGACGUCAUUGUUCCCGAGACAAGUCGUAAACGUGGUACCCGUCGUUCACAGUCGCUGCUUAGCCAGGUUGAAAACUCGCAAGACGUUAUAGUCGAAGAUACACCAGCCCCCAAGCGAGCCAGACAAAGUAUGGGCCAGGACGUGAGCGAAGCAAAGAAUGCUCAGCGUCCUAAGGGCUCAAAAGCUACUCAAACCAAGCGUUUGAGUCACGUACAGAUUAAGUCGAAGCACUCAUCGGAGUAUGGGCCUUCAGUGGAUGGAUCUCCAACUGAUGCCGACGUUGAACAGCCGAUCAGUCACCUGGAUAGCGACCAAGAAAUCGAUAUCAAACCACAGGUAGAUGCGACCAAACCUUCCGAGGAGGAGAAAAGUCAACGGCAAUCCCCGCAAGAUGCGCCUACUGGGGUCAGCACACCCAGCCGGUCCUUUGCCGAGCGCGUUAUCCUCACGCCACGGAGUAUCAUCAACCAGCUCAAGAGCCUCAAGGACUUCUUAUUCAGUGCUCCGCAGCUGGUUCUUGCAAGGGAGGAAGAGAGAGAGAUUGAUGACGUGCUUUUUGAUAUUAGGAGGCAGGUACAUGCGGCGGGCCAACGGGGCUAGGAAUAUCGGCGCGCGGUGACAUUUGUCCAAGGGAAUGACGGGGUGCAGCUAGGGUAGAGACGGAUGGGGGCAGGAUUUGCUAUUUUCUAUGG